CAAGUUUCAAGUUUCAAAAGAGGAGAUAGAAGAGAAGGGGGGAGUGCAGAGGAAGAAAUGGGGAAGCAUCAUCGUUAUCAUCUGCCAAGAAAGGGUGAAGUUAAUGGAGAAUAUGACAAAGACUACGCUGCAACCUUUCUUCUAGAAUGGGGAACAACUAAUUAUUACAAGAAAACAAGACCCAAGGUCCUCCCUCUGCUAUUCAUCUUCUCACUUGUGUCUUGCGGCUUAAUCUUGGUUCCUCAGCUCUUCAGCUACUCUGCAACUCUUUCUCUCCUCUAUUCUUUUCGGUUGGGAAAUGAUGAACCCAUCUCUGAUCAGUUAGCAGAAGCUUUCCCUUCUUCAACAGCUGAUGAGGGCCUUAUGUGCGACAGGGAAGCAUUUCGCUAUGAUAUCUGUUUCAUGAGAGGAGACAUAAGAACUCUAUCUGCUGCUUCUUCGAUAAUAAACUAUCUUCCAUAUGAGAACGAUUAUGAACCACCACCAUUCUUCGAUGAAGAUGCAGGAAUAGGAGGAGGAGAAGAAGAGGAACUACAGCAUGAGAAGAUCAAACCCUAUUCCCGCAAAUGGGAAACCAGAAUCAUGGACACUAUUCCUGAUCUUGAGCUUAUUGUGAAGAAAGAUUAUCUAACCAGUCGUCAUGCAUGUGACAUUCAUCACUCUGUUCCUGCUGUAAUCUUCUCUACAGGUGGGUAUACUGGCAAUGUCUACCAUGAAUUCAGUGAUGGAAUUAUCCCUCUUUUCAUUACUACUCAACACCUCAAGAGGAAAGUUGUGUUUGUUGUCACUGAUUACCGUCGUUGGUGGUAUACUAAAUAUGCUGAUGUCCUCUCCCUUCUUUCUGAUUAUCCCCCAAUCGAUUUCAAUAAAGACCCAAAAACCCAUUGCUUUCCUGAAGCCAUUAUUGGUCUGAAAAUCCAUGAUGACCUCACUGUGAAUUCUUCCCUUGUGCCUGGAAAUAAGGGUAUCAGAGAUUUUCGCAAUCUUCUGGACAAGGCGUAUGGGCCUCGGAUUAGAGGGCUAAUUCAAGAAGAGGAAAGAGAAGCUCAAUUGAAGUUGAGUAACAGAUCGGCUUUAUUAACAUUGCCAUUAGAAGUACAAAAACCAAAGAAAUGGAAACCAAAACUGGUUAUCAUAUCUAGAAAAGGAACAAGGGUGUUAACCAAUGAAGCUGCAUUGAAGAAAUCUGCAGAAGAAAUUGGUUUCGAAGUUGAAAUCUUGCUACCAAAACCCACAACAGAGCUGGCGAUGAUUUAUCGGGUUCUUAAUUCUAGUGAUGUCAUGAUUGGUGUCCAUGGUGCUGCUCUAACACAUCUUCUGUUUAUGAGGCCUGGUACUGUAUUCAUCCAAAUUAUCCCUCUUGGCACAGACUGGGCUGCAAAUACUUACUAUGGUGAACCUGCAAUUGAGCUUGGCCUUAAGUAUAUGGGCUAUGAAUUACAUCCAAAGGAGAGUUCUUUGUAUAAUAAGUACGAUGAAAAUCAUCGUGUCCUCACAGAUCCUCAUAGUGUAAAUGCCUUAGGUUGGGAACUCACUAAGAAGAUCUAUCUUGAUGGCCAGAAUGUUAUAUUGAAUAUCCUAAGAUUUCGCAAGCAAUUGUUGCAAGCCUAUAAGUAUGCCAUUGCUAAUAGAACAGCGAUGGACACUGCAGUGAUCUCCAAAGCUUCUGCUGUUUCUUAAGUCUGGUUCUUUCUCCAUCCAUUACUCAAUUAUUUGAUACUACUGUUCCAUUUAAUUUCAUCUGCUCUGAACAAGUAGAUCAGUUUUCUUUUGUCUCAAUUGUAUGUAGAGAUUAGUUUUCUCUUGUCUCUUCUUCUGUUCAUCUGUACAUAAUAAAG